AUGCUGUCUCUCCUGCUCAUCUUUCUCCUGCCAAUCACUGGUGGGAAUACCUGCCUCCGCUGCUGGCCAGAGAUGCCUGCCCUGCUGGACUAUGACCUGAAGAUUCUCUGGGGCACUUCGGCACCACCAGUAGAACUCUCCCAAAAUAGGGACCAUCUGGAAGAAGAAGCAGCCAAAUUCUUUAACCAAGUAGACCAAGCCAUUAAGAAAUUACGAAAUGAUAAAUUGUCACUUUUGGAAGAGAUUCAUGUGCAUAAGGGUCUCCUUGCUGAGAGACUGAAUAAGAGAUCAGAGGAGCUAAAGGAGAAGGACAUCGACUCCACAAUAGAGGUCACUGAGUGUGCCAACUGCAAUACUCAGUUCUUGUCCUGCAAUGACCCUGCUCUCUGCCCAGCUAAGAACCUGAAGUCCUACCAGUGGGCCGUAAUCCUCAGCAUUGUGCUACUCAUGGCCAUAGCUGGAGUUGGAUGUUACCUUUUCUGGUUCAAGAGGAAGAAAAAGAAGGAAGCAGAAGAGGUACUGAGAGAGUAG